AUGUCGUCAGAUACUAAGCGAGACGUCAACGGCGACGCCUGGAGUCGGCUCGACAACCUCGUGCAGCUCUCAUACUCAGCGACAGAUGUCAGCUUGGUCUUGUCACAGUAUAAGAACCAUUGCUGGCAGCUGCAUGUAUUGAGCGAAAAGCGUAUGUAUCACAUCAAGCUAAACAAUGAAAAAGAACUGGAAGAUGUCAUGGUGCGUCUUGAUUUCAAAGUCUUUUAUGUUUCAUCUCAUCGUGAGUACAUCAACGUGUAUAAUCAACAGCGGCAGCCGAUUGCAUCGUCACCAGACCAGUUUGUGGAAUGGUUUUCGACAAACAUGGUCCAAGGUCACCUGUCGUUUGUAGAAUCGGGCAAACUGAAAAUCGGUGACAAGGAUGAAUGGCUAGAGCUACGAUUGGAACAAGUUGACGACACACGCUGUCGUCAAGAAAUCUCCUGGCAACUGCUGCUAAAGUUUGCUCAACACAUCCAAAAAGAAGGCUGCGUCAUCGACACCCGCCCACUACGAUCGUCGUCGUCGUCGUCUUCAGCACCGUUGAUAAACAAACUGCAAGAAGAAAACACCACUCUCAAAUCCGAACUGGAAAAAGCAUCCAUGCAGCAGAAACAUGCAGCACCCGAUUACGGUGGUGCAUCAUCUUCGAGCCGGCCUCGUUCAAGGCCAGCAGUUCAACCACGGACGGAAGGCAUGAGCCUUAUCAACCCAAGUGUUAAAAAGCGGAAGCGAACACAUGCCGAAUUCGCAGAACCUUCGGCGCAAGUUGGAUGGGACAACGACGCCUUUGACUCCUCCUCAUCAUCAGACGUUGACGGGUGA